GCUGAUGGUACCCUUGUGACAUCAUUGUUAGCCAAUAGUCUGACUCCCAGCGCCCUCUCCUCACAUCAGUAAGGGCUGGCUGUUGAAGAUAAGAGCGGUUGCUAUCAGGACGGUGGCGGUCGGUCCAGGGCAUGUGCUUACACCAGUUCUCCAGGCUCAUUUCGUCAUGCCCUGCAUGAAAGACUUUACCCUUCCAGUCAAGGAGGAUAAGAAAACACUAAGCAAGGAGACGGCACCCAGAGAUGAAUCCCGUUGCUGAUAGGACCAGGGAACAAAGGCCCGUUCGGACCUUGACCCGGCCGAGCCGGGGUCGCCAUGGCCAAGAGAGACUACCUGGUGGAGGCAGCCAAGCAGAUCCGCAUGGCUCUGGACCGGGAGGUGAAUGAGGACUACGAGGCUGCCUUCAGCUACUACAAGAACGGAGUGGAUCUGCUGCUGAAUGGAGUUCAAGUGGAUCCGAACAAAGACCGCAGGGAGGCUGUGAAGAGGAAGACCACCCAGUACCUGAAGAGAGCGGAGGAAAUCUUCAUCUCGCAUCUCCAAGACAACCUUGGGAAAGGAAACCCUCAUUUAGGGGGUUACAGCAGCUUACGGUUCCGGCCAAUCAGACACUUGAGUUCCCCAGUGGAGGACCUAGAGAUGUGUAAAGUGGUGGGAAUCAUCGACAAGGUCCUGACUGUCCAAAGCCUGAUCAACAAGGAGACGUUUGUUGUCAAAAGUCUGCCCAAGUCGAGCUGGGAGAGCAGAGACCAGCCCACCGUCAUCCCCCAGGGCGUGCCCUUCAUGGUGAAGCUGCUGCGCUACUACGUGAGCGAGGACGCUGUCUACCUGCAUCUGGAGCAUGUUCAAGGCGGAAGGCUCUUCUCAAAGCUCCACAAGGCCCGGACCGACCGAGCCAAGGAGCACCCAGACUGCUUCAGCCAGAACAGGACCAGACUGAAGACCAGCUACACCUCCCCCAGCCUCAGCUCAGACUACCAGCACGGGGACAGGUGCUCUGGGCUGGGGCCCGUACGGGAGCGCGAGGCCGAGGAGAGCCCGGACGGCCUGGCCUCCUGGGACGAGGCCCAGCAGAGGCUGGACAGCUACGGGACUCACUCGUACUGCGAGGAGACAGGCUGCCUGCAGAACAUCCGCCCCGCCCCCUCCUCGCUCUCUGGGCCAAUCAGGACAGGCUUUGGCUCUCAAGUCCCUCCAGUCUCCAGUCAGCAGCUGCGUUUCCAAUCUCAGGCCAAUCCUGACGGUCCCAUCCAGCCGUUCAUCGGACAGUCUCUGGAGGUGGUCUCAGAGAUGCCCAGGAUGGCGGGAGGUUUGGGACUCGUGGAGUCCUGCUCGGACUUCGACGAGGCGUGGAUUGCCGCUGACCCCACGCGCCCCGGCCAGACCGAGGCUCCCUGUGGAGGGAGAGACACCGACACAGCUGCAGGGUCGUCUGCGCUUCACACCACCCAGACCUCAUUCGGCGAUGCAGGUUUCAUAACAAACAUGGAAAGUCUUGGUAUCAGUUCAAGCACAGGCUGCUCCAGCCCGGCUACGUUACAUCUGCCUCUCCACAGCCAGAGCCAGGUGAUUCUGUCCACCAGCGCUUCUCAGUUCGGCCGUAGCUCUGCCAGAGAGCUGGACACCGCCACAGGCCUGGUGGGGACGGCCCCCCACAGGGGGAUGGAGCCCCACGGCGACGCCAGAGAGGAGAGGGUGGUGAAGCCAGACCUCAGGGACCCCUCCCAGCCAGGGAGAGCUGUGUGCUCCUCCUCCCUGGAGGUAAAGACAUCCUCGGGGAACUCCCAGUGUUCCUGCAGGACUGGAGCACAGCAGGGCCAUCCUGCGGGCAUCUCCCUGGCCAUCUCAGGGGUGAAGUACCACGUGGGCCUCGGGGAGGAGGUGGAGGAAGGCUGGGAGCUGUUGAGCCCAGGGGGGAAAGAUGCACCCCACAUACAGGGCUCUCUGUGCAGCACAGACCCCACCGGCCCCCCGGGGUCCGGCCCCCCGGGGGCCAGCCCCCAGUGUCGGAGGGGGGACAUGGACGCCUUCCUCAAGUCAGAGGGAUCGGAGGGGCAGGGUGAGGACCAGAUGAUUGAGGUGGAAGGCUGGUGCCACCUGCCUCAGUUCCCAGACAGGAGCUCCAGAGGGAGGGAGGCAGCCAGGGCAGGCGGCUGGGGGCUGCCCGAGGGAGAGGUGCGUCUGUGGGGGGCUCAGAUCCUCCUGACCCUGGAGAGUCUACACCAGCAGGGGGUCAUCUGCCGAGACCUCAACCCAAACAACAUCCUUCUCACCAACAACGGCAAGGUUUGCAUGACGUUCUUCGGCCAGUGGAGCGAGGUGCAGUUCGAGAUCAGCUCCAUGGCGAUGGAGCAGAUGUACUGUGCUCCAGAGAUCGGAGGUGUGGCGAAGAUCACCGAGGCUUGUGAUUGGUGGAGCCUGGGGGCCUUGCUCUUUGAACUCCUGACUGGAACGGCACUGUGGCGGUUCCACCCUGCAGGUGUGCGCUCUCACACCCAGCUGCUGAUCCCAGACCACCUGAGUACAGCAGCUGCCUCGCUGCUCACCGAGUUGCUCCAGUUUGACGCUGGCUAUCGUCUGGGCUCUGGGGGCGGGGGAGUGAGCGACAUCAAGUGUCACCCCUUCUUCUGCGGGGUCCCCUGGAAGAGCCUGAGCAGUUAGCAGCGCUAACGCAGGGAGCCACACUACACGCUGCAGAUGCAGGGUAAACACACCGGGCUGGCAGGGCGAUGCUGGAACACUACUGCCCCUUGGUGGUGGAAUGCAGUAAAGACGCCUAGCUCAUGGCUGGAUCAGCUUCUGUCCACUGAGCGUCUCAGAGCAGAACUGAAGCUGGACACAAGCUGAGCUUUGAGUCCUCCUAUCACCAGGCUAGUCAGUCAGUGUGACCACAGAUAGAGGCUGGUUAACUGCCCGGUAUCGACACAGUCCCUCAGAUUACACGGUGUGGGCACUUCUAGACAUGCCUGGAAGUUGACUUGCAAUAUUCAUGAUCCAUCAAUGCCAGUAAUGUUCACCUGGCACGAACAGACGUUUUCCCUCCAACAACGACCACAAAACAGGUCAGCCAGCAUUGUGAGCCGUUAACACGAUGAAUAAAAACAAGCUACG